CUAAUGUUAAGUAGUGGAAAAUGCGGCUGUAUAUUUUUUUCCCAACACACUGACAAUUAUUUUAAUUGUCUUAUCUUAGGCUGUAACAAAUCAAAAGCCAAUCAUACCAGAUGCAAGUUUCACUUUGGAAGCUGUGAGAAGCUUUAAUUUCAAAAACUGUCCUGAACCUACACCUGUAAUUGAGAAUUCUGAACAAAAUCCAGCAACCCAACUGAAGAAUUUGAGUUUAUCACAAACUUACUUGCUACCAAAAGUGACUUUACUUCAGAAGUUUCCAAAAGAGUAUCGUACCAGAGAUAAAGUUCUGAUAGAUAGAAAAGUUUUGGUGAAUGAGGACGAGGAAUAUAAAGAUGCUUAUUAUGACAUUCCAACACAAGAUGUCACCUCAAGCACAAGAACCAUUAAAACACCACCAAAAUAUGAGUUCACAACUGGAUGUAUGGAAAAAGAAUUUCCAUUGGAGUUACAAACAAAUGUUAAAGAGAAUUGUGGAAGUGAUUGGCACAAACCGGUGUUCCGAUCCCUACACAGAUUUGGCCAAACGAAUUAUUGUUUUCCUUGUGUUGAUGGUUACUCGUCUGAACCAGAAUUGAACAGAAAAGUUUUUCCAAACAAUGCUCAGAAUUCUUUGGAGGAACAGUUUUAUGAUCUUCUUAGUUCUUCUUCAGAAGAUGAUGAGUUUAAAUGGCAUCGAGGAGAGGAAGAAUGCCAAAAGCCAAUAAAAGAGUUGGAUAUGAGAAGACAAAAAGAUAAUUUCAUGUCAUUGCCUCUAAAACCCUUAGCUCAAUAUGACGAUCUCCACGAAUCUUCAGUCACACUACCACGUAAGACUUCUGAGGUUUGUGGUAUAGCUCAUGUGCUUUUCAAUUUUACAGCCAAGACUCCAAGAGAGCUGUCCUUGAACAAAGGGGAUACUGUGUAUAUAAACAAGAAAAUCGAUAAGAAUUGGUAUCAGAUUGAAUACCAUGGAAAGACUGGCAUUUUUCCUGUGAAAUAUUUAAAGGUCAUACCACUAGAACCUCAGAAAGCCAUAGAAGGGAGGGCAAUAGUAAAGCUCAACUUUAGUGCUCAGACUUCUAUGGAACUUUCUCUGCUGAAGGGAGAAACUGUUAUUUUGACUGGAAAAGUGGAUCAGAACUGGUAUGAAGGAAGAAUUGGAUACAAGAAAGGCAUAGUGCCAUCUGCAUACUUGGAAGUAUUAUGUGAACCUAAAGAUAUGAAUGAUGGUUCUUUACCUCCAGAAUCACUUGGCCUUACUUCGAAUUCUAAGUACACAAUAACUCUGAAUGGCUUUAUUAGUCCAUCGGAGAAUACAAGCUACGAAAGAGGUCAUAUAAAUCUCUGUUCUCAAGUUGAAGUAGCAUCUAUGAAAAAGAAAACUCAUGUCAAAUCAUCAGGUAACCCUCCACAAGAAGAAACAAUACAUCCUGUAAAGGAAACCAUGCAAGUGAACACUGAUGCUGAACCUCUCUUAUGUCAAGCGAUAUACAGCUAUACUCCACAAUAUAAGGAUGAGCUACAACUUCAUGAAGGAGACACAAUCUUUGUGAUGAAAAAGUACGAUGAUGGGUGGUACGUUGGUAUCUCUGUACAAACUGGACUGUUUGGAACUUUCCCGGGAAAUUAUGUGGCACAAAUCUGAGCCAUCGUACCCGAGACCAGAAGUUGUGACAGCAUAAACCAACGAGGCUGGUAACGAAACAAGUUUGGUUCCCAUCUCGCCUUGAUACCAGUUUGAAAUUUUUUAUAUAUCAUUCUAACAUUGCAUUAAACAAAUAAAGUUGUACUUAAGAUCACUGCAGUAGUUUAGAAUGUACCGUAGAUAACAGUGUUACACUGUACUUUCUUGUGUUAAAAUAAUCAAGAAUGCUUUUCUCUCUCUGCAGUUUUACUGUAAUUCUUUUCUUCCAAUUUCUGAUAAUACUGAGAAAAUUUGUAUCUGUUUUAGUUCGUGUUAUUAUAUAGUUUGACCAGUUUUUGGAAAUUCCAACAUUUUCUUUUUUUUUGAAAAGCAGGAGUUUGUUUUUUAUAAUGACUCUAAGAUGUACUGAACAGGGAAAUAAUCAUCAAUGAUAGUAAUUAAGUCACGUAAGACAAAAUAAAUAAAAGAAUUCAUAAAAGAAGAGAGAAUUCCAGCAAUUUUGGAAAGUAGCCCUUCUGA